AACAUCCAUCUUCCUUGGCUGUGCGAAAGAAUACGAUGUAUCAAUACGUUUGUUGAGUGAACAAAUCACCGACAUCAGUUUAGUAUAUUAUUAUAAGCUUAGCUUUACAACUGAAGAAGAUUUAAAUGACUUUAAUAAACUGGAACUACUACCUCAUCAAUUUAAUUUACAAUCGAAUCAGUCAAUAUUCAAUGUUCAACCAGAGAUUAAACAUUUAAGUAAAUCUAUUCAAUCAAUAUGGUGUAUAUUGUCCAAUAUAUGGUCAAUAUUAAUUCAAACAUGUCCUGGUGGUUUAAGUAGACAGAUUAUGGCACAUGUUAGUUCAAAACUCUUAGAGUCUGCAGUACAACAACUUGAUGUUUCUAAAACACAAUCGGGUUCAGACUAUUCUCUGCAGUUUAGAGAUGAAUUAUGGUUUAUUCUUGGUAUUGCGAAAUUUGCGCUUUAUCGAUCAGCUGAAACGACAUCAGAAGUACUGGGUGUAGGCAAUCUAACAGUUGAAUUGAAUACAAUCCAUACAACUGGUCUGUUAAUUACUCAAAUGUUACUAUCAUGUUAUACGCCAAGAGAUUUGUGGGAAAGACUUCAUGAAAAAGGAUUUUAUAGUCAACCAAAAAAAGAGAAUACAAAUAAAACAUUUGAUUUUAGUUUAUCUAAUUGGUUGGCAAUUGUUGAUUCCACUUUAUUCUAUGAUAUUCCAAUACGUUUAAUGUAAG